CCCUAGUCUGGAACCGACCCGAAUCGACGCUCGUCGUUUGCAGCUCCGGACGAAGAGAAAAACAGGAUUUUUGUUCUUGUCUUCUUAAGUGGUGGUUAUGGAGCUAUUGCAAUCUGGUUGUGAAGGAGGGGCAGAAGCAGUACUAGAACUUAAACCAAACUCGUCUCUUUCUAUUGCCUAUCAUCCUCGCUUUGGACCUCACGAUGAUCUAUUUCUUAUUGAGCUUGAUGAGAAACUCCUCCCUGAUUUCCUACACCAAAGUGUAACGUUGAGAGGGCAGCCUGAUGAAGAUGCAGUUCUGUGCACACUGUCGAAAACUUAUGCUGUCAAAUUUGUAGGGUCGUCGAACUCUGUGUUCCUUAUCCCUCCAUCUGACUCAUCAAUCUCGCGUGAGGCUUCAGAAGAUGCUAGUGUGCGUAGCGAUGACAAGAAGACUGUUGCUUCUGUCAUCAAAGUGGCACCCGGCUGUAUGGAACUCGUCGAGGUUGCUCCAAGAUUAGAUAAGCUUAGAAUGCUUCUCUCCCAAAAUCCUUAUAGUUUCGAUGAGGCUUCAGAAAUGGACAUCUCAGAAGCUGUAGACGAGGGUAGAUUCCUGUAUACGUGGGAUGAUCUUGUUGAAAGCGUGCAAGCCAGUGAUGAGGAACUGAGAGCCGGGUUACAAGCUCUGUCUGCAGUGGAAAUAAAUGGAUAUUGGCGAAUUUUAGACGAGAAAUAUAUGGAUGCAGUGCUGAAUAUGCUUCUGCAUAAUUCAGUGAUUAACAACUGGUCUUUAAACAGACUGAUCGAAGACGAUGUUUUGCAUGUGAUGGAAGGAGACGGUUUUCCUAGCAAAAUUGCAAAGCAUUGUAUCCAAGUUCACGGCAGUAAAGUCGAGGAAGGCUCGAGCAGGAGCUCGAUUUGGAAGCUGGACGAGAAGAAAAUCUGCGUGCACUUUGCAAGAGAAAUAUUAAGAGGAAAGAAGAUGAAAACCGAAACUUUCUUAGAAGAGUGGAGACUCAGAAUUCCGGAUGGGAUGAAACCAUGUUUCGAGAUGUUGGAAGGGGAAGUCUUGACAGAAAAACUCGGGAUAGACACAUGGGUUUAUCCAUUUAGUGUUUCUUCACUGUCAUCCGUUCCUGCAGAGCGGUUUUCCGUACUGUUCCAGGAGAGGCCAAAAUGGGAGUGGAAGGAUCUGCAUCCAUAUGUCAGGGAUCUAAAAGUACCAGGGCUCUCCUUGGAAGGUUUACUGCUCAAGUACACAAGAAGAACUCAACCCACAGCAGAUGCAGAGCCAAUAUUCAGUGUAAGAUAGUCUUAGCAUGCAUAGCACACUGUUUAUGUCCAUUUUUCUUUUUGUGUAUCUGAGAGGACAAAGAUUCAACUGGUUUUUGCCCACCACUGAUAUUGAUGCCUUUCCUUUUCCUAAUAUACAAUUGUAGAACUAUAUUCAGUAAUACAAAGUGGCAGCUACUUGUCUAUUAUUAUUUAUUAUUAA